GCCAUGCGGAGGAGAGGGAAUGAGCAGGAAGAUGGAAGGCUUUUUUCCUGUGGACCGGUGCCAUAUCAGACUUGAAAGAAAACGACCGAGCAGGUAAGAAACUGCUAAGCCCCUCCAAUCCAAGCACUUCUUCUUGGAGGGCUUGCAGGAGGAGGAGGAGGAGGAGGAGGAGGAGGAGGAGGCUUGUCUCGGAGAGAGCCGCUGGGCCACACAGCGCGACUCCGCACUCCGUGCGGAAUCGCAAGGCUUGGAUUCCAUCCAACAUCCGCCUUCGCAAUAAAAAACGAUCAACGCCCACAGAAAGUGAAGCGGCCUUUGCUCCAGGCGGCGUGGAUGUCAUGCACCCUGUGCCCUUGGGCGAAAGCUGGAGGAAACAAGCGUCGAGGUGGUUCGGUCAAUCCAAACCUGCACCAGAGGUCAUCAUCGAUUGGCGCUAGCAGCAUGAUCAGGGAGGAGGAGCAACAGGAGCGAGAAGGAGGGAGGAGGCAGGAGGAGGAGGAGGGGAAGGACGACGAGGAGGGAAAAGGAGGCAGGGAACAAGGUGGGGAAGAGAGAAUAACGCCGAUGACCUCUCGUGCAACUGACUUACAGGAGCACUGGCCAAUAUUGGGCCCUGCUGCUCCUUCAAAAUUUAGACAAAUGCUGGAGACGGCGGUCCCGAUUGGCGCGCAGAUGAAGGCGUAGCUGCAUGCCAACUGCCACUGCGGAAUAUCAUCCGUGAUCCCACGAUGUAGCGACGUCGCACCCAGCCGUCGGAUCCGCUCGUGCCAGCAGUCGUACGCACCCCAUCCCUCACCACCCUGGGAGCGGGGGGGACGAGGAGGAGGAGGAGGAGGAGGAACAGGGGGGGGGGAGGGGAGGAGGAGGAGGAGGCGGAGGAGGAGGCCGAGCGUCCUCAAGAGAGAGUCCCUAGAUCAUUACCCGCCCACUCUAACGACGAGGGACAGACCUGCCUCCAAAAGGGAAAUCAACAGCGUGCCGCGCAGCCUCGGCGAUCGAGCGAGGGUGAGCGACUCACAGAUGCCAGCACGUCCCUGUCCUUUCCCACCCACUCUACGGCGAGGGACAGAGCUGCCUACAGAAGGGAAGUCAACGGCGUGCCGCUCACGCCUUGGCGAUCGAACAAGCGAUCGAGAGAGGGAACGGCUCACAGAUGCCAGCACGCCUCUCCUAGUGGAGGACACGGCCCUUGCACUAAGAGGAUAGAGUCGAGCCAAAGCAGCGCACGCUGUGCAUGGAUCUGGUCUGCCCCUGGGCCCUGACUCUUCGAUUCGAAUGUUAGAUUGUCUUGAUUCAUCCCCACGCCACAGCACGUCGCCGCACGUCGAAGCAGCGAGAGCAGCACCAAACCAUGCUGCUCCACACUUUGAAACCUGUCGGCUGUCUGACGGCUGCAAUAUCUCCUGACCGAGAGGAGAGGAGGACCAGGAAUGAACAGGUCAAGGGAGUGAAGCAGGCGAAGACUCAAGUGAUCUGCCCCUGGUUGGAACUGCUGCUCAAGGACAAAACAGAUUUUGUAUGAAGUUGCUCGAGCGGACAGGACGCCCUAAACAUCCGGGGUCGAACUCACUUUUGGAUCUCGCGCGACCUCCAACAACUUGAAGCCGCCUCUGAACAGCUGCGCUGCACUAGUCUGUGGCUGUACAUCUGUCUUCAGCAGAAGUGGCUGACCUAGUGCACUCCAGUCAGGCUCAGGUUCAGUGUAGCGUGGUGCAGCGGACUGCGAAGCCCGCUGCGCUUCGGAGCUCAUGUGACAGUGACCCUGAAAGAAGAGAAGAGAAGAGAAGGGAAGGGAAGAGAAGAGAAGGGGAGGGGAGAGGAGAGGAGAGGAGAGAACAAAAGAGAAGAGGACCGCGGGCCGACCUACCCCUCUCACCGGCGCGGGCAAGCUCCAUCCUCUGGCGCACCUCAACAACUGCAGCGGCUCGAAUGAGCCCGCGUCGUUGUGGGGUCAGAGAAAAUAGCACGCGUUGCCAGCCAGCCGGCGUGUGGUAGGGGCGUGCACUCUGGUCGUCCAGCGUCGUGCGGACACGACUGACAUCGAAGUAUGGACCACUGUUGCCGUGGAUGCCGAAACUGCGUCGUAGGGCGAAGAGAAACGGGGAGCUGAAAUAGCUUCGUUUGCAGGGGCACAAAGCACCGCAUGGAACACUGAGGUACAGGAAUGACUGCGAGCAAGACCUCCAGGAGCAUUCGAGCUCCU